AUGAGCUCCGAGCCCACCCUGUCAGCUCCCGGCGCAUCGUCGACCGAGCAGCCCGUCGUUGGCCUGGGUACCGCCCAGACCAAUGCUGAUGGCUCGCACACCAUCGUGCCGCCGCGAACCUCGUCCACCGCCGAAGGCAAGCAGCCGCUGCUGCACGUCCCUUCAGACACCAACGAUGCGCACACACCCUCUGGGACUGGCCUGAGUGGAGUCACCGCCGCAGACGCCGACAGCGUUGGAAAGGGGUCGAAGCACUCGAAGCGCAGCUUCAUGGGCAAGCGAAGGGCAGGAAGCACCGCGAGCAGCAAGCGCUCCGGACAGCCAACCAACCACCCGGACAAGACCGCCCAGGCACCUCCUGUACCUGCCACCACCGCCGCCGCCAACAACCGCGAGGGCUCAACAAGAAGCAAAGCAAGAAAGACGGGCGGUCUGCUCUCUUGUCUGCCGUGCUUUGCGCCAAAGGAGACUCGCGAAGAGGGUACCCCCCUGGAGAACGUCAAGCGAGCCGAGAAGGUCCCGGAGGGCCGCACGUCGCAAUCGACGCCUGUUAAGAAACAGUAUCCCGUUGUUGCUGCAGAGUCGAGCACUGGCGAUUCAAAGGACCCCGCCGAUGAGAAGGUGCCUACUGAGACUUUCGGCCCAGACGCUGUUGAGAAGCCGAGAUCGGAUGGUGAUGGCACCGUGGACGCCGUCAGGCCGUCUCAUGACAGCCCACCGCAGAUUGUGACAAGAAGCUCGUCCAAGAAACAGCACGCUCCAGAGCAACCUCUCCCCCCCGUGCCAAUUCAGCCUGGGCUUCUGCAGACAGACCACCCUGCCAUCAAUGUUCAGACCCCAACGCCUGGCACCACACCCGUGGUCGCUAGGCCUUCAGAAGAACAGCAGAGGAUCAUCGAGGACCAGACUGAGGAGCAAAAAGCACUGGAUGCUGACAUCGAGAUGAACGACGUCCCCUUGUCAAGCAAUGACGUGCACCAUGACAGCGAACACGCCGACGCUGAGCAACCCAAGGUUGCCCUCCCCCCUCCCCCGCCGCUCGAGCAAAGACAGGACGCCAUCCAGAAGCAGACUUCGGACGUGUCGGAAGCUUCAGAGCCACAGAAGUAUCUCCUCGGCCCAAUCGAGCCCAGAUUCAAGGGCAAAAAGUGCUUGGUCCUCGAUCUGGACGAGACUCUGGUCCACAGCAGCUUUAAGAUACUGCAUCAGGCCGACUUUACUAUUCCAGUGGAGAUCGAGGGUCAGUACCACAAUGUAUAUGUUAUCAAACGCCCAGGCGUCGACCAGUUUAUGAAGAGGGUCGGUGAGCUGUACGAGGUGGUUGUAUUUACCGCCUCCGUAUCAAAGUACGGCGACCCGCUUCUUGACCAGCUUGAUAUCCAUGGCGUUGUACACCACAGGCUCUUCCGUGAAAGCUGUUACAAUCACCAGGGCAACUAUGUCAAGGAUCUCUCGCAGAUUGGUCGUGACCUGAAGGAUACCAUUAUCAUCGACAACUCGCCGACCUCGUACAUCUUCCAUCCGCAACAUGCCGUCCCGAUCAGCAGCUGGUUCUCUGACGCCCACGAUAAUGAACUCCUCGAUCUGAUACCCGUCCUCGAAGACCUUGCUGGCAACCAGGUCAGCGAUGUCAGUCUGGUGCUCGAUGUUGCUUUGUAA